UAGUCGCGCGUUUUACUUUGCUGUAAUUAUGCAUGUAUUGGUCGAUCUGUAACAUAACCUAUCACGCAGUCUCAUGUUUUAAGAUUUUAUAAAGUUUAAAAGAAGAAUCGCUGUGAGUUUGAUACUCCAAAGAUGACAUCGCUUCUAAAUAGGUUUCCAUUUUUUCACAAAUUCUUAAAACAAAGUGUCGAUAUGAUUUCUGUCCCGAAGCGGGAUAUAAUACGACCCAGACUGCGUCAUCCACAGUGGCUUCCAAGACCAGAGCGCAGUCGAUACCCUGAAACCAUAACGGAAUCUAAUAAGCAGUUUCUUGACGAAGUGGUGAAAGACAAAUUGCAUUUUUCUAAGACCUCCCCUUUAAAAAUAGACACGAUCGAACCGGUCGCAGAGUGGAGACGAGGAAUGAAGCGUACAGGUUUAAUCGCCAAAAAAAUAGGAAUCUAUCCGUUAUGGCUGAAAAAUGGGAAGAAAGUUCUCGCAACAUUGCUCCAGAUUGUCGACAACGAAGUAGUAAAGUACAUACCACCACAUAAAUUUUACCCUCAAAUUGGUGCUGCUAAACCAUUGGUGCAAAUCAAAAGGAGAUUGGGAUGCCUUAUAGUAGGAGCGGAAAAUAUCAAUCCACAAUUGAUUACCAAAGAGUACAGCGGUAUCUUCAACGUCACUGGCGUUACACCGAAACGCAUACUGAGAAGAUUCAUGAUAUCUCCUCAGGCAGCGUUACAGCCAGGAACUCCCUUGUGCGCCGCACAUUUUAGGCCGGGAGAGGUCGUCGACAUCCGUGGAAAAACGGUAGACCGUGGCUUCCAAGGGGUCAUGAAACGAUGGGGCUUCAAGGGGAUGCCUGCCUCUCACGGAGUGACCAAGACCCACAGGAGGCCUGGAAAUAUCGGUUCGGGUGGUACGAAAGCUCGAGUCAUGCCCGGCACCAAGAUGCCUGGACACAUGGGUAACAGGUGGCGAGUGCUUAGAGGUGUCAAGAUUCUACGGAUAAACACGAAGUACAAUGUACUUUGGGUCAUGGCGAAUAAUGUACCUGGCGAGACCAACAAUUACUGUUACAUCUUCGAUACGAUACUUCCGUUGAGAAGAUUGAAAACAGCACCGAGUUUCCCGACGUACUUGCCGACCAUCGACGAGCAACCGCUUCCGGAAGAGCUGUAUUCAGAAGACGUGCACUCAUUCACGGAUCCCACGAUAGAAUUCAAAGAAGAAUCCUAAUUUCAUUUUUAUAGUAUUAAAUAAAAAAAUGUGUAUGAUUAUAGAUAAAGCGAAUCGCUGUUAUUCACGUGAA